UGCGGGCGGUACAAUAAUUGUCUGCUAUCUGCUAUCAAUCGUCAGUUGAAAUGAAAUGAAAUAACAUUAAUUGUUUUCGGUAACUGCUGAAAACCAGUUACAAUUUUCUUUUAAAUCCAUGUGUAUUCCAGCUUAGUGAAGUCUUUCUCGUGUGUGGAACAUUUUUAGGACAAAAUGCCUGUUUUAUUGGAUCCUCCCGAGGGAUGCAGACGCCCGACCUAUCUAAUGGUAAAACACCAUCUUAAACUAGAAAUUUUAAUGUACCUAGGGGGCCUUAUCUGGUUCCUUGCUCUACCAUCAGACCACAUUCAAUCUGCAUCCUACUUUUCAGAGAAUUCACUACUACCAGGUUUAGUGAAGGGUGGCUUUGUAGAAGAUUCCUAUGCCAAAACUCUACUCGCAUCCCUGCAGGAUGAAAUAUCUUCACAUCCAACACAAAUGCCAUAUUCAUGGCUCCUUGCACAAUUUCGUCAGAUUGGACUUGAUGUGUAUACUCACAACUUUACUGUGAAUUAUCCUUUAUCUCGUGAUUUGGCCUAUGAAGGUCAAAAUGUGUAUGGAAUUUUGAGAGCACCACGGGGUUCAAGUACUGAGGCGAUUGUAUUGUCCGUGCCAUUUAGAGGGUCAAAAAGUGUGCAUCCUUCUACAGCAGCUGGAGUAGCACUCAUUUUAGCAAUUGCUAAAUUUUGCCGCAGACAAAAGUACUGGGCCAAGGACCUUAUUUUCCUCAUAACUGAGCAUGAGCAACUUGGAGCACAAGCAUGGCUUGAAGCAUACCACAAGACUUCAUCUGGCCGUGAUGGUGUUUUAAUGUCUGGAGACCUUGUAAGCAGAGGAGGGGCUAUUCAGGCUGCUGUCAAUCUUGAGCUCUUCUCAGAUCGAAUCAGCCACAUUGAUGUAAAGAUUGAAGGGCUUAAUGGUCAGUUGCCCAACUUAGAUCUUGUAAAUUUGGUACACAUGCUUUGUAACAAGGAAGGUGUUCAUCAUACUUUCCACAACAGGGCUAACUAUGGAGAUCGAGAAUACAGUAAAGUUGAUCCCUAUAAAACGUGGGCAUACUCUCUACGCACAAUGCUAGAAAUGGUGUUUGCUCAAGCUUCAGGAGUUCCCAAUGGUAACCAUGGUCUCUUUCACAGGUUUGGAAUUGAGGCAGUGACUUUAACUGGGUAUAGGAAAGUUGAUAGAGGGAGUCCAGCUACAUUUUAUCAAGUUGGAAGGGUACUAGAAGGAAUACUAAGAAGCCUGAACAAUCUACUUGAGAGAUUCCAUCAGUCCUACUUCUUUUACCUCUUAUCUGCUACAGAUCGUUACAUUUCAAUAGGUGUUUACAUACCAGCUGUAGGGCUUAUGGCUAGCACAUUACUUUUACGAGCUUUAGCCGUUUGGAGGAGCCUCCAGUUACCAUCCUUGCAAUCAGACAAGGAAAAACUAAUGAGAGCUCAAGAGAUUAGUAAUUGUUUCGCCUCUGUGGGUCUGACUGUCUUGGCAGCGCAUGCUUUGGGGGUCUUGUUACUUAGAGUGCCGGUGUGGUCAGCCCUGUACAUAACAUCAAUAGCUGACUCAUCUUUAGCUAUGGUUGUUGGGUUAGUGGCUUUUACCACUCUUGCAAUCUUCUUACCAGUAUUAAAAUCAAUGCAUUCUGAUGCUAUUCUUUUACUUUACGUGAUUGGGCUGAUAGAAUUGGCAACUAUUCUCCUGGCUGUGUCUUUGCAUAACUUUCCACUGGCUGUGAUUUGUUCAAUAGUAUUUGUGCCAUUUGCUCUUUUUGCUAAUGGAAGGAAAUUAAGGUUACUGAGAAUUUUAGGUUGGCUGUUGGUGCAACCUCUUCUCCUGGUAGCCCUCCUGAUUUUGGGUUAUACAUCAAUUCAUUUCCCAGAUGAUCCAAUUAUAGCCAAAGCCAUACAUGCAUUCACUCAGGCACUUACCUUCAGCUUUGUUGACUAUGCAGUUUAUGGCAAUUGGAUGUUAAGUGUUGCCACCACAUUCCUUUUUCCAACUUGGUUUGUGUUGUGGAUUGUUGUUCUCAAAGGAAAUUCAUAGGUUUCUACAAUCUGUUUUUAAGGGUUUUAUUCCUUUUGUUUUCAAUAAGCUGGAUAUUGGCAAGAAAGAAUUGAUUUGGCCAGUAUCUUUCUCCUGCAGUUGCCUUGAUAUAAAACGAAAUGUUACUGAUGUGGAUAAUCUAA